AUGGCCGCGAGAAACCUUCCCGUUCUCGGACGAAGGACCCGGCACUACCUUCUUUCCCACACCACAGUCGCGGAGCGAGUUUCGGAGGGGGAAGGGCAGCGCGGGCUCCCCACGGACACCCCACCGGGAAGCCGUUCCGCGCAAGCCCGGCGGGCGGGGGAAGGAGCGGGGCGGGGAGGGGGGAACCGGCGGCAGCAGCCGGGAGGAGGCGACGGUGGGGCGGGCAGCGGUCCCGGGGCGUGGCGCAGGUCCGGCGGCGCCGGGAGGCGGCUCAGUCCCCGCUGCCAGCCGAGGGCGGCCGGCCCAGCGGAGAAGCCGCCCAGCCCGGCCCGCCCCGCGCCGGAGCCGCCGCCGGCCGGCGAGGGCGGCAGCAUGAGCGGCGGGCGUAGCGGGCGAUCUGCCGUGAAGAUGGAGGCGCCGUUUUACCCCGAGGAAGGACUGGAGCUGCUGCCCGACUUCGUGCCGUUGCCGGGUUUCGGUACCGCCGGCGGACCUGGAGCCGAUGCAGCGGCGGGGCAGAAGCUGCUGCUGGGCGCCGGGAAGAAGAGGGACCUGCCGGCUGCCGCCCCCGCGCCGCUCCCCGGGCCCUUCGCCCUUCGCCCGCCUGCCGGCGCCCGCGGCAGCGCGGCGGCUCUGCGCUUGCUGCCGCCGCCGCCCGCCGCCGCCGCCGCCCCGCCGCCCACCGCGGGCUCCGCGGAGACGGGGAGCGGCGGCGGGGCGGCGGCGGCCCGCGGCGGCCCGGAGGCCGCGCUGGGAUCGGCUGCGGAGCUGCCGCUGCUGAAGCUGCCGCCGGCCGCCGACCUGGAGCAGCUGCUGAUCCAGGGGGGCGCGGGGCUGGGCGCAGGCAGCCCGGGGCCGGCGGCGCCCGGGGCGGGGAGCGGCGGGGCGGCGGCGGCGGCGGGGCCGUUCCUCUACCGGCAGCCGGUGACGCAGGAACAGGAGGGUUUCGCCGACGGCUUCGUCAAGGCCCUGGCCGACCUGCACAAGCAGAACCAGCUCCUGGCGGCGCCGCCGCCGCCGCUGUCCGCGCCGGGACCCUGCUGCACCGCCCGCCCGGGGCCACCGGGAGCCCCCGCCGCUGCCGCCACCGACCCUCCGGCCGUCUACACCAACUUGAGCGGCUUCAACCCCGCGGGGCCGCUGAGCCCCUCGGGCAGCGCCUACCCUUCCGCCUCCGCCCCGCCGCCGCCGGGCCUGGCCUUCGGGGCGGCGGGUCUGGGGAGCGGCCGGCUGCCGGCGGCGCGGUCCCUGGAAGAGCCGCAGACGGUGCCCGAAGUACCGCCGUCGGCGGGCGGGGAGGGCGGCAGCAGCGCGCCGACGCCGCCGUCGCUGUCGCCGCUAGACGCGGAGAGCCAGGAGCGGCUGAAGGCAGAGCGCAAGCGGCUGCGAAACCGCAUCGCUGCCUCUAAGUGCCGUCGGCGGAAGCUGGAGCGCAUCGCCCGGCUGGAGGAGAAGGUGAAGGCGCUCAAGGGGCAGAACGCCGAGCUGGCCGCCACCGCCAACCUCCUGCGCGCCCAGGUCACCCAGCUGCAGGGUCGCGUCCGCAGCCACCUCUCCUCUGGCUGCCACAUCAGUGCCGCCGGGCAUCCUCCUCCUCACGCCGCCGCCCAGCCGCGGGAGACUCCCCCCGAGGCGGCCGCCGCCGCGCCGGAGACCAGCGCCUGCUGAGGAGGGACACCCCGCCGGCCCCAGCACGCCCGGGGGCACCGCGGGGCCAAGGUGCGCGCCUGUUGCCGCCCUUCUGCUAUUAUUAUUUUUUAUUAUUAUUAAUUAUUAUUAAUAUUAUUUAUUUGCGCCCGGAGAAGGUGUUUUUUUGCGGAAGCCGGGUGUUGCUAAGCGUUUCCCGAGUUCUGUCGAUGUCGCAUUCAGCACUGAGGGUCUCCGUGGGUGGUUCUGGGGCAGGUGGUUGUUAAUUUUUCAGUGAAGUAUUUGAGGUCUGUAGAGAUUUCUGAAACUAAGAAAAUUACUGUUUACAGAAAGAUUCAACUUUAUUUUCAUGGGGGAUAUAAAACGUGUGUUUCCUAAUACACCUUACUGAACUGUAUAGCAAUGGAUAAGCUUUUCAAACUUAAAAAAAAAAAAUAGCCAGAAUCGUACCUUUUGAAAAGAUGUGCGUGUGUAUAUAUAUAUAUAUAUAUUUAAGACAUAAUAUGGCUAUGUAUAUUUUCUUGGUAUUGAUAAAGAACCUUUUUUAAAAUACUGUCUUUCUCUAGAGCUUUAAUUUGCCAUUGAGAGUUAAGACAGCUGUGUGGGUGCUCUUGCACUUGCAUGGCUUUGAUUUUCAAAUCGAACCCUGGAGGGAAAUGAUUUUUGUUGUAAAUCUUAAGCAGAUUGAAAUGCAUUGCUGACUCAGUCAUAGGAAAAUAGUUUUCUAAACCUGUAUGCUCCAUAUUUCUUGUGCCAGUGCAAACUUGGGGCAUUGAUAGUUAUUUAUUGAAACUUGAACACUUUGGACAUUGCCUAGACCUUAUUUUUCUAGAUAACACGUUACUAGAGAAAAUGGUUACUUUGGCAAAAAGAGCUUUACCUUUUCUUUUUUUUUUUUUUUUUUUUUUCCCUUCACUGUGUACAUUCCAAUAGUGUGUGCUCUUUCCAUAGUAUAGUAACAAUUCAGUGCUAUACAGAAAAGGGCUCAGAUUUGGGGUGGGUUAGCUGUAAAGGUUAUGAUUCCAUUGUAUUCUGUUUGAAUAAAUCACAGAAAUAUUAUGGAGAAGUAGAUUUAUUUUUCAGUAGAAAUCUGUAUAUCUUGCUUCUUGGUCUACUUUGUUCUGAAGAAACUUUCUGCAAUACUCUAGAGACAGAGUCAAUGCUAGAAUGUGAAGUGUUUUUCUGGUUGGGAAUAAUUGGUGUGAUUUAUUUCUUUGUCGAGAAUUCACUAGUAGAAGAGUAUAGCAAAGGAACUAUUUCUUCUGAUUAGACAUAAUCCUCAAUAAGUUUUUGAAAGCUUUAGGUCCCUUGCUCGAUAGCACUGCCUUCCAUGCUUCUGCUGCACCCGUGUGUUUUGAGCGUAGCCACCGCUAGCGCAGCACUGCCGAGCCCUGUGGCAAUGGUGCGGUGGGAAGGGUCUGGAGAGUGACAGUCAUCUCCACCAGAAAGCCCCUCCGUGCGGAGGCCGCGGGCCGGCCCUGCCGCUGGGUGAAGGCAGAGCUUCUCCUGAGCAGAUCCAGCUGCAGUGUGGGGCCCUCUUCCCUCGCUGAAACUGUGCUGAAAACUCUGCUUGAACUCAGAGGCAAAUCUUUCAUGGGGAUAUGUGUCUGUGCCAGCUGGUGAAAAGGGGUAAUCGUAUGAGGAGCCAAGAGGGCAUAGACAUCUCUGUACAGCAAGUUGCUCAGAUCUGUUAAAGCCACUCAGGAGCUGGUAAAUGUCUCUUACCUCUUCUGAAGGCUACAGCCGAUGAUUUGAAAUCCAGUAAGAACGGGAUAGACUCACGGUUUUUCAUGCUUUUACUGGGGAUAUGUGAGUGCUAUCUGUUCAGACAGUUGAGCUGCAGCAAUCAAGUGUAUGAGCUUUUUCUUUUAACGUGUAGUCGUUCCUGGCACAUGUAUGGAGUUUUAUGAGAAUGUGUAGUUACACUGUUACUGUAGCUGAGACGGCUCUGAGGAUAUUUCUUUUCUUAAUGCAUAUGCAAAUUAGGUAGAAGCCAUAUUAAUCAUUGCAUAACUGUUUGAUCAUGUCACCAGAGCCUUUUUUGGUGGUUGAAAUGCUUGCCUGUAACAGUACAUUCUACUGCUGGAAAUACUAACAAGCGGAUUAAAAAUAUUUUGAUCUUAA